AUGAGCAUUAUCGCAAGGGAGUUACUUAAGAGGCAAUACCAAGGUGAGUUAAGAAAGGACAAAAUAUGCAAGGACGCAAACUCGAUAUUUUCAGUGGGUCUCGAGGACGAUAACUACUUUAAAUGGAGAGUGUGCUUCGAAGGACCGCAGGAAACGCCGUACGAGGGAGGAAUAUUCACAGUGCUUAUGAACUUCCCGGACGACUUCCCAAACAGCCCGCCCGAAAUGGUCUUCGAGCAGGAAAUGUGGCACCCGAACAUCUACCCGGACGGGAGAGUGUGCAUAAGCAUCCUGCACCCGCCCGGCUCGGACAGGUACAACGAGCAGGAGAGGCCCGAGGAGCGCUGGAGGCCUAUUCUGGGCGUGGAGAGCAUCCUGAUCAGCGUGGUCUCGAUGCUGGGCGAGCCGAAUCUGGAGUCGCCGGCGAACGUGGACGCAGGCGUGCACCUGAAAAACAGCCCGAAGGAGUAUCGCAAAAGGGUACAGAUGCUGACCCGAAAAACACUCGAGUAA